AUGCGUUUUCGAAAAGAGACAGCUUUUGGACAAAUCUGCUUACUGCCAUUCUUAAUAAGGCUGAACAACUUCUCGCUCAUGCGUUCUCUUGACAUUCAUGAAGAUCCCACGUUUAUCCCGGAGGUUGCUGCGGAGGUUACGGAAGACCAGUCUGAGGCUAAAAGCACUUCAGAUAUUAUCGAGCAGCUGCUGGAUGCAAGGUCUGAUUCUGCUAGCAAUGGGUUUAGCUUCAAAGGGAUCAAAGACUACCUGGACUGCUACCGGAGUGGGAAGCUGACGCCAUCUCAGGUAGCAAAGAACAUCAUUGCCAUGCUGGAGGACUGCGACAAAUCCACGCCCCCACUCAGAGCGAUAGUGCAAUGGGACCAGGAGCAAAUAAUGCUGAUGGCUGAGGCCUCCACUGCUCGUUACAGGAAUAAGUGUACCCUCUCUUAUCUGGAUGGCAUCCCAGUGUGUCUGAAAGAAGAAUUCAAAGUGGUACCUUACCAUCACCGAGUGGGAACAGUAUAUCUUGGGACAGAGCCUGAAACAGAAGAUGCUACUGUGGCCAAGAAGCUGCGAGAGGCUGGAGCUAUCAUUAUUGGGGUCUCAAACAUGCAUGAACUAGGGACUGGAACAACCGGAUGCAACCCUAAUAGGUACCACAAGAUCCCUAGGAAUCCCUACAAGCCUAACCACUUCACGGGUGGGAGCUCCAGUGGGUCAGCAGCAGCUGUAGCAGCAGGUCUCUGCCCGGUGGCUAUUGGCACAGAUGGAGGCGGCUCUGUGAGGAUUCCUGCUUCGUUCUGUGGUGUGGUGGGGCUGAAAGGUACGUUUGGGCGCAUCAGUUGCCACGGCAGCUUGCCACUCUCCUACUCCACAGUCAGCGUAGGCCCUAUCUGUACCUCGGUGGCAGAUGCAGCCAUUGUUUACAGCAUCCUUGCUGAGCCGGAUCCGCUCUAUCCGUAUGGACUGAAACAGCCCAAAGCAACCCUCUCUGAUAUGUGUGCUCCUGACCUGAAAGGCUUAAAACUGGGAGUGGACUGGACAUUUUUUAAGGCAUGUGAUGCUGAAGUCCUGUCCGUCUGUGAGAAAGCUGUGGAGCACCUGCAGAGUUUGGGAGCCAGCGUGGUUGAAGUGUCUCUUCCAGAGAUGGAGGAAGUGCGAGUAGCGCAUGUAAUCUGCAUUCUCAGUGAGAUGAGGGACUUCCUGCAACCUGACUUCAAUAAACAUUUCCAGGAAAUGAAUUUGGAUACUCGGGCUAACCUGGCCUUGGCUUCCCAGUUCACAGCUCUGGAUUAUAUUACGGCAAAUCGACAGAGAACUCGGAGCAUGAGAUUUUUGCGAGAGAUCUUCACCACUGUGAACUGUAUCCUUACACCAGCUGUUGCUUGCACUGCCCCAAGAAUCUAUGAAUCUGACCUCUCGACUGGGAGCAGCGAUAUGUCCUUCGCAGUCCGGUCCAUGAGGUUCAUGCAGCUGGGUAACUUCACUGGGAUUCCAGGCCUUGUGGUCCCCAUUGGAUACUCUACUGCUGGGCUUCCCAUCAGCUUCCAGGUCAUGGCAAAAUGGUGGGAUGAAGCUGUUCUUCUGAGGAUUGGCCUGAAACUGGAGCAGUUCCGUUGCCAGACCAAAAAACCAUACAUUUAUUACGACAUCCUUGCAUGA